UGAUGCUCAGUGUCAGGCUGUGGAUGAGAGCGGCUGGAUGUGACGUGCUGCAGAAUGCUGCAGAUUAUCCCCAGGGUUCCCCACACUGACUGCAGAGCCCCCGGAGCAGCCCCCCACACCCGUCCCCGGGGAAUGACCCCCAUGUAAGGCAGAACCGGAGGGACCACCGAGCAGCUUCUCCUCACCCGCAGUAUGACAGCCAUGAAGGAGCAGCCAGCCAUCAGCAGGGCCAACCCCCCCCAGGAGCAGGAGAUGGCAAGCAGCAGCCCCACGCAGAAGAACUGGAAGGGCAUCGCCAUUGCACUGCUGGUCAUUCUGGUCGUCUGCUCCUUGAUCACCAUGUCCGUAAUCCUGCUUACUCCAGAUGAAAUGGCGAACGCUCCAGAGAAGAUCCUGAAACUUGACGACCUCUUCAGGAAGGAGUUUUCUAUUCACAAUCCUGAGCCCAGGUGGAUUAAUGACUAUGUUAAGGCUGCCAUACUUAUAACUGCGUAG